CUCUCAGGCUCUGAAAUGCUAAAGCAGAGGAGAGGGCAGUGAGGAGACGAGUGGAGCUGCCGUUGCAGAGACCAGCACCAGCCAUGGGGAGAGCUGCCCAGCAAACCCUCCUCGCCUUACUCUGUCUAGCAGCUGUGGUUUGUCAGGCUCAGGACACCUGCCCAGAAGUGAAAAUGGUGGGUCUCAGUGGUAACGAGAGGCUCGCUAUUCUGCAAGGGUGCCCUGGAGUUCCUGGUGCCACAGGUCCCAAAGGAGAACCCGGAGCUGAAGGAAUGAGAGGAGAAAAGGGAACUCAGGGGAGCCCUGGGAAGAUGGGACCAGCUGGGGAGAAAGGAGCGAAGGGUGACAUUGGUGUUCCUGGUCUGAAAGGAGAUAAAGGAGACAUUGGAGUACCUGGAACUAUAACCGAGAAGGAGCUGGAGGAUGUAAACUGUAAGACAGGAGCGAGGAACUGCAAGGAGCUGUUAGCCAAAGGGAAGAUCAUGAGUGGCUGGUACACCAUCUACCCGCAUGACUGUAAUGCCAUGACUGUGCUGUGUGACAUGGACACAGAUGGAGGUGGAUGGAUAGUUUUCCAGAAGAGGGCAGAUGGAUCCGUGGACUUUUUCCGUGACUGGAAUUCAUACAAGAGAGGUUUUGGCAGCCGCCUGACAGAAUUCUGGUUGGGAAAUGACAAUAUUCACCUACUAACCUCUUUUGGAGCUAAUGAACUUCGCAUUGACCUCACAGAUUUCGAUAACAACCAUGCGUUUGCCAAGUACAAGUCAUUCAAAAUUUUAGGAGAGACUGAAAAUUACAAGCUGAUUCUUGGAGAUUUCCUUGGGGGUAAUGCAGGGGAUUCGUUAUCCGGCCACAACAACAUGCUGUUCUCAACUAAAGACCGACAGCAAGAUCCUGGUUCGAACAAAUGUGCAACAACCUACAAAGGAGCCUGGUGGUACAGUAGCUGCCAUACUUCCAACCUGAAUGGGAUGUAUUGGCUGGGAACUCAUAGCAGCUUUGCAGAUGGUGUGAACUGGCAGGCAGGCAAAGGGUACAACUACUCCUACAAACGGUCCGAAAUGAAAUUCAGGCCUGUUUAGCCCAGCAGGAAGGCAGGCGAUCACACGGCAGUGAACAUGUGACCGGAGUAAACUUAUUUUGUAUGCCACUACUUCUAUCAAUAAUUUUGGGUUUCUUCCCCUCUCCUUAAGAUUGCUACUUUCUGCUGGCACCUGACUUGCUAUUGCAUGCUGGCCUCCCUUACCUGCCAGCUGAGGUUUUCCAUGGUUCAUCUAGUGGCAGUGCAAGGUGGGGAGAGACCGAGAUAUGGAUCAAAGGGUUUGAGAACAACUGGAAAUCCUUCACACUCUGUCUGCUCUGCAUUGCUGAUUAUUUUGAGAACUAAA